CGUUAUCGACACUCGCUCCUACCACGCUCCGUACCUCACGCACCUCGAAAGAUCACUAUGUCUCAGCAGGACACUGAACAGAACGCCAUUAACACCCCCGCCUUCCCCCCGAAUCCGUCCCUGACUUCGGUCGCUACGACCGCCACGACCACAACCAUUACCUCUACCACUCCGCUGCACAGCGCAUCGUCCUCCCAGCGCCAGCUCCCGGUGCAGAAGGACUACUCCCAGGCCUUCGGCGCGCUGCAGUCGCAGUACGGCUGGGGCCCGGCCACCUCCGUCUCGACGGUCAACAAGCUGAGCAAGGAAGAGAAGGAGAAACGUGAGCGCGAAAAGCGCGACAAGAAGGAGAGAAAGGAGCAAGAGAAGAGGGAGAAGAAGGAAAGGAAGGAACAGGAGAGACGGGACAAGAAGGAGCAAAAGAAGAAACAGAAGGAAGAGGCGCACUCGACGGGCCAGACUGGCACUGAAGCUGGAGGGUCACAGGACCCCGAGAGCGUCUUCGAGACUUCGUCCGCCAACUAG